GCGCAGGCGGGUCCCGGCGGGGGGCGGUAGAGGCGGCGCGAGCGCAUGGCGCUGCUGUACCGCGCGACGCGGCUCAAGGACCGCGCCGACACCCACGUGUUCACCUUCGUGGUGACGCGCUCCGCCACGCGCGAGCCCGACCGCGAUGUCACCUCCAAGGACUUCUGCUGCGCGCACCAGCGCUGGGCAGUCGCCUUCAGCCGCACGGAUGCGUCGCUCGGUGUGUACUUGGUAUGGCGCGGUGCGUGCGAAGGCAUGCGUGUGUACGUCGACUUCACGUUCACGCUACUUAGCCGUGAUCACUUCACAGCAAAUGAGGGGUUUUCUGGCAAACAAGUGCGCUUCAGCGCAGGCUGCGCAGCGCAAGGAAGGGGUCGUUGCGUUUCCAUCGCAGAACUCAAUACCAAGUUCGCAGAUGCACGCGGAGAGUUCCAACUUGAGCUCAGCAUGUCGAGAGUGCGCACUCUAUACUCUUGUGAACUGCGCGCACCCCGCCUUGACACUCCACCCAUAGCUUUCGCCGGCUUCGACUGGCAGGUGUCGGCUACCGGCGGCGGGGGCAAAGAGCCGCUGACUCUACGGCUCAUGAGAUUAUCUGGCGAAGGACAGCGAUGCCGAGUUAGAUAUGCUCUUGCUCUCGGCGAGGGUGAGAGGAGAUUACACUCGGGUCCACUUGAAUGUGUGUGUGACGCUGAUGGCCGCACACCGCCUUGGAAUCCUCGCCCACCAUCACGGCUUCUAACUAAAGGUGUUCGGCUGACGGUAGAGCUGGUAUGGGCGCGGGCUCUGGCCGAGCUGGCAGUGCCGGCGGCGGGGCGUGCGGCUACUUGCUAUGACCGCGACAAGCAGGCGUGGGCAGUGCGAUGCGAUAUGCACUCGGAGAUGGUGCGCUUGCACAUGCUAUAUCGCGACGUGCAUCAUGUACCACGAAAUCACUUGCGUUACGUAAGCUGGUCGGCCUGGCUGGUGCGGACGGGAGCGGCGGCCGGGGAGCCCGAUGCCGAGGAACUACCUGGAGCACCCUUCGAACACUACUAUGCACAAGAUAGUGCUGAUGAAGGGUUGAUGAUGGAGACGGCACUGCGUGUCGAGGACAUGUCGCGUCCCGGCAGCGCUUUCUUGCACCCUGGAGGUGAACUACGUGUACGCCUCGAGUGGGGCGAUACUUAUCUACUUUUUCAAGCUACUUAUCAUGUCUAUGAUGACCUUUGUCGGCUACACGCGCAUCAAAUGAGGCGCGAGAUAGCCGUACUUCAGGCGGAGAACUACUCAUUGGAGCGGCAGCUGUUCAGCUACCAGAAGAGCCUGGCGUACGCGCAGGCGCAGGCGGGCGAGCCGGCGGUGGCGGAAGCGAGCGGGCGGCGCUCCCCCGCGGAGCGCUCGCUCUCCACCGACACGGAGUAUGCGUGAGACGGGCCUGAGGACCUAUUCUUGUCGUCACCUUUGACGUCGCCCGUUCUCUACUCUUCUAUCUUUUCGACUGAUUCUGACGUUUUUGAGCGAUUUAUCUAUUUUUCUAGACGUUUUAUGGCGAGGUGCGCCCUCGUCCGCACCGCUUUCCGCCGGUCGCCUGCACUCUCGCCGCUCGAUUCUAUCGAUAGCCGAUAAUUAUACUCGACUACUUUUCUAUUUGUCUGUACAUAAAAUAUAUUUAGAAGAUAUUAUAUAUUAUGUAUAUUUCUUAACUUGAAACUCGAAUUCAUAUACUGCAACAGUCGAUUUAUGAAUAAAAAAAGUCCGUAAAAUAAAUACCAAUUUUGUCUCUUUAUUUGUAUCUUUAUUCAAUAUCCCCAAAACAUCUCAUAUCUUAAUAUUUAAAUCAUCCUAACGAGCUUAUAAACUUACUACUGUAUACUUUACUCAGAUAACAAUAAAAUAGUAUUUUUUAUGCCGAGGGAGGCACAGGAGCCAUGAAUCGAUAUUAUGAUAUCGAGCAACAUAGACUCGUAUUAGUACCGUAGAAUGGAACGUUCUUAUUUCCAACGACUUGUGUCAAAGUCAUGAGACGUCACUGUCAAAUAUUGACAACUGUCAAACGACGUCAAAACAAAAGCACGUUGUUGUUUUUUAUUGUGCGUAAAUAAAUUAAUAUAUCUUAAACAUGGCUCAAGGCAAAUUAAAAGUCAAGAGUAAGUUACCUGCUGGUGCGAAAUCAAAGAAGAAUAAGGCUAAGGCAGGCAAAGCGGUGACGAAGCGUCCAAACGCGCCUGUUAAAAGCAAGUCUGCGGCCGAAAGGAAUAAGAUGAAGACGAAUGUGUCUAAGAUGGUGAAUGCUGCAGCUGAGCAGCAGUUACGAGCCCUGGCUACCACCACGCCGCAGUUGUCGGAGGCACAAAAGCGAGUCGCCGCGGCUCCCACAGCGCCGGCACCUGCGAAAUAACCUAUAAAAAUAUACUGCAACUCGUGUUAAGUCUACCAGUGCUGGUAAAUAUGUGAUUCAAAAGCUACAGAUACAUUGUGUAGCAUGUUAUACAGUUCAAAUGCGUUAUUUGUUACAAAUUCAGUUACUUAUUGUGAAGAAUUUCAUAAUUUGUAGUGGUUUCUAAUGGUAGAUAAGUCUUAUUAUGAUAAAUAAUGACCAACUAUGUCUUUCAAUUUAAAAUAUUGUACUCUGCUAAAUAUAUGUACAUUAGAGAGAUUGGGUAUUAAAAUGCAAGUUAAGCAAUUCUUUCAGGUGAUGGGGCCUGUACAUUUGUAUUAAAUCUAUUUUGUCUAAAAUGUAUAAUAUUAAAAAAAAAAACAAAUGUGUCUGUGACUAUUUUGUACUGUAUUAUCUGUACCUUAAUCUAACUGCACUCUGUUUCAAAGGUUUAAUUAUAUUUAAUAUUGUAAGAUAAACUUGUGAAAUAUUAGACAUUUAAGUAAAGUUAUUCUUAAAAUAAAAUUGUUUUAUGUA